CCCAAAGCGUUUAUCCGCUGCACGUAUUUCUAAUUGGGUAUGCGGUCGUCAAGGACUCGUUCAGGGGAGGACGGCGUUGAGGUGGUAUUGACGAGGAACGUCUGGCGAUGUAUGUUCAACUCACUCUAGAGCCCUGCAUGGCUUGAGCAAUUGGACCUACACGCGUCUUGCCUCCCCCCACUCGUCGUUGAGAAGGAGAGAGAGAGAGGUCUGAGCGGCAAGUGUCUCUCUCGCCGCUUGGGACUUUUGGUUGUUCAAACCUCCUCCUCUCUCUCAUUGUUUUGCUCUCGUUGUAUCACAUUCCUCCAUAUCAUUGACUCGUUUACUCGCUCGCUAGACUUUGGCCCCCCCUCCUCAUGGUCUCUCUGCUUCGAAAACGAUUGACUGCCUCUCGGUCCACCUCAUCGAACCAGGAUGAUCCUUCGAACCUCCGCCCCUCGUUAUCUUUACCAGACUUGACGACCCCGCUCCUUGAUCCGGAAUCAUGGGAAGAAUUGCCUUCUUUCACUUAUGAGUCAACGUUAAGAGAACAGAAGCAGAAUGUGCCUCUCUCCGCGUCUAGACAAGAGGGAGAGCAACAGGGAUCUGGAGCCGGAGCUGGAGAUGGAGAUGGAGCUGAAGCUGAAGCUCGAGGAGGAGGAAGUACCCCCAAAGCCAGCGCCAGCGCUCGAGGUUGGCGCCGAAAGACUUCCCUAGUCGGUGCUCAGGGCCCUACACCUCCACAAUUUCACAAACCCUUCUCACCAUGGCAGAUCGUACCUAGGGUCGAUGUACCGUCCCGAGAUUCAGAUUCUUCCAGCAUCACACAGGACUUUCGAACAUCUCGAGCUCGAUGGGGCACAGAUACGAUCAUCUCAACAGCCAACAUUUCUGCCUCGGGUCAGACAUCUGGACUAGAUGGGCUUCGGGGUCGACGAAGAGGCAAGAUGAAAACUGCGCCGAGGUUGAAUGUGGUUGUGGUCGGAGGGAAAGGAAGUGGAAAGACUAGUCUCAUAGAUCUCAUCUAUGCCUCAUUCUCGCCCCGACAUGCUCCGACUCCCGCUGCUGCCGUAGCCCACGAUCCGCCGCGAAGACUCAUCUCACCGAGCAAGAUCCGCCUACCCGACUCAACUCUAUCUUCACCGACUGUCCCUGGACCGCCUCAAGCGGACAUCCUUCGGUCUCUAGGUAGUCCAGCCGAGAUUCAUUCGUCAGCUUCCGACCGCCCAGAAUCGACCUCACCGAUCCAAUCCGCCCGAAUCGGUAUAGGCAUCACACGACAGCACGCCACAAAUCGAAUCACGUCCAGAUCCUCUGUAGUCCAGGUUGAAGGAUACGACCGAGUGCAACUCCGAUUGAUCGAUACGCCUGGCCUAGAGCUCGGCUCAGGAGAUACGGUCAGAGAAAAGGAGAGAGAGAGAGGAGUAGCGGGAUUGAUGAGGUUGAUAGAGGAUCAAUUCGGGGAGUUUAUGAGUGAGGAAAGUCGAAUCGUGAGAAAGAGCUCGGGAGGAGACGACAACCUGGUGCAUAUCGUCGUCUACCUCAUUGAUGCCAGACGGGUGCUGAAUCCCCAGGCGAGCGAGCCUAUGGACCUUGACUGGUCUGCCGUUGGAGUAUUCAGCGAGACAGAUGUGCAGAAUCAGGAUGACCAUGGGCAGCCACCCGCAGAAGCUCACCUCGGCGAGACGGACAUAACCAUCCUCCGGAGACUGAAAGAGCGAGCCAAUGUUCUCCCUGUGCUCUCACAUAUCGACACACUCACCAUCGCUGAGCUGGAUCAAGUGCGCCGAGUCGUUCGUGACGACUUGCAGCUCGCUUUCCCAGAGGACGCUGGAUUUGGAGUGUUCGCGGUUCAAGAUGACGUCGAUAGUAGCAAUCAACUCAGUCGCCUAGCAGUCUCGCCUAUGGAUCCAGCUUCUCCAGACGCUGGACCGCCGACACCAGCUGCUCUUAGCCAUUGCCGGAAUCAAGGACUCCCGUUCGCCCUGUUCUCGCCGUCGAAAGCAGGUGAUGAUAUGGGGUUUACGAGACGGUACAAUUGGGGGACUGCAGAUGUCUUCAACUCCGAUCAGUGCGAUUUCCUGGCGUUGCGAGAAGCCGUUCUGGGUACACAUACCAAGCUCCUGAGAUCUUUGACUCGAGAGGUGCUGUAUGAAAAGUAUAGGACUGAAAAGCUUUUAGCGAGACAGAGCGCCAAAGAUCGGCCGAGGGCUGGUUCCGCUGGCAGAGGGACGUGAUUCGGUGCAGAACAUAGGUUCGCCGACCGAGAAAAAAGAGACACGCGAGAUAACGGAAUAACGCGAACGAAACUGAGGGUAGACCCAGCUGAGCCCUGGCGGCGCCCCAAGAGGACACCUUGAUGACACAUGACGAACGAGCCUUGUUGAUGCCUAUACUAUAC